AACAACAGACAAACACUGUUUGUCUUCCUUCCAUCUUAAGAGGUCACCAGUGGUGUGGUGUAGGUGGGUUGUGCGUCACUCUGGUCUUCACUGCGCCAAGGAUGGCCUCUCUGAUGGAAUUUCUGUUUCUGAUGUUGUGGUGGCGCUGUGGUCUGGUACUGCUCACGAUAAGCAACACUGUAGACUCCACCCACUUCAUCUCUCACUCCACCGUGCAUGAUGCAGGCAGGACCUUCUUCCUGGACACCAACACUAUAACUCCCACCCACACACUACAAGCGAAUCCCCGAACAAUCCAGAAGAUUGUAAACACCGUUCAAAACUUUGAGGACGAGAACAUCCUACCGAUAGUAGUGUCAGUUGGAGAUGGAGGCAUCCCUCAGCCAGACUACGAGGUGCUUUCUGGUCAGCUUCUUGCUGGCGUACUGGAGCCGCGUCACUCCCAUGAAAAUGACCCAAAUGUUUCUCCAUACUGGGCUGACCCUGAGGGUCGUCAGCCCAACCAGGCACCACCUACCAUCUCAGAUGACCUGACACCCAACCCACCUGCCUGCAGGGAAAUACCGGUGGCCUGUGAAGCAACGGCCAAAUACCGCAGCAUCUCUGGUCGUUGUAAUAAUUUAAUUUACCCUCACCUUGGAACGCCUGGUCAACCCAUGCCUCGCAUCUUGCCACCAGUCUAUGACAUUGCACUAAUGCGAACUCUGUCUGUGGCUGGGGGUUUACUGCCUAAUCCACGGAGGGUGAGUCUCUCAACCAGGGACGCCCCUACAGCCAAGCUCACUACCCAUAACCUCCUCAUCAUGCAGCUCGGUCAGAUUGUUGACCACGAUCUCACCCUAAUCUCUAUUAUAAAGGGUGCUAAUGGUUUACCUCAGAGGUGUGAUGACUGUACUUCCUGGAGGGACCCGCUGUGCGCCCCCAUCCCUAUUCCAGAUGACGACCCACACCUGCAGUCCCAUCAGUUCUACACCGGCCAGCCCAGGUGUCUUCCCUUCCUCAGGAGUGGUGCAAUUGGGGGUCGCGAUGCAUUGGGUCGUCCGACUCUCGAUCAAGUCAAUGUAGCCACCUCCUUCCUCGACCUGUCCACGGUGUACGGGAGCGACGAAUGCCGGGAGAGGGAUCUGCGACUGUACUCAUCGGGGAUGCUGAUAGAACUGCGGCAGGGUAGCGCUCCAGGAGGCUUGCUGCCCCUGGUACAUGCCAGCAACUUCGAAAACUGUCGGAGUGAUUCGAAGAAGUGCUUCCUUGCCGGCGACGAAAGGAGCAACGAACAACUGGGGCUGCUUGUGGUGCACGCAAUGUUGUUCAGAGAACACAAUCGUCUUGCUGGCCAGCUAUCUGCCCUCAACCCCCACUGGAAUGAUGAGAGAAUAUAUCAGGAGGCUCGUCGGGUGAACAUAGCAAAGUACCAACACAUGGUGUACACAGAGCUGCUGCCCAUGCUGGUGGGUGAAGUAAAGAUGGCAGACUACAGACUCCUCCCUGAGAAAUCCGGGUAUUACCAGGGUUAUGACCAGCGUGUCAACCCCGGGGCACUGAACGAGUUCGCUACAAGUGUGUUCAGGGUCGGACACACAAUGAUCCCGGACUUCCUGCCUUUAUUUGAUCACAACUAUCUGCCUCUUGCUUCUGUUCCUCUCGUUCAGACCUUCAACAACGCUUCUUUGGCAACCCAGCCGGGAAUCUACGACAGUGUGCUGCGAGGUCUGGUUGGUACAAGACUCCUACCAGUUGACUUGCGUCUAGUCCCAUCCAUCGUGAAUCAGCUGUUCCAGGGUCAUCCAAACCCCAUAAGGGACCUAUUUGCUAGAAACAUCGCUCGAGGCACGACGCUAAGUGGUCGUGACCAUGGUAUAGGACCAUAUGUGAAGUACAGAGAAGCUUGCGGUGGGGGAUUGGCAACCACCUUCGAUGACCUCCUCCAUGUGAUGCCCCAGCAGGCAGUCUCUGUCCUCCGCAAAACUUAUGCUCACAUAGAAGAUAUUGACCUGUUUCCUGGAGGUCUGGCUGAGACUGCUACACCUGGAGGCCUAGUUGGGCCUACGUUCGCCUGCAUCAUCGCCUAUCAGUUCCUCAACGUCCGACGCGGCGACAGGUUCUGGUACGAGAAUGCUGACGCUGGGCUGACACUGGGCCAGCUACAAGCCAUCCGCUCCUCCACCUCCCUGGCUCGUCUGGUCUGUGAUAACAUGGAAGACCCUGAUGCCAGGGUGCCAGCUAGGAUACUGCAUCUUCCUUCAAAGAGAGAGAAUCCCUUAGUGGUGUGUGACCAGCUGCCCUCGGUUGAUCUGAGCCACUGGGAGGAGCCUCACUACGAGCGAGAUGUAGAAUGCACUUACCAGGGUCAACUACAUCCUAAAGGAAGAUACGUCAGCGUCUCCCCCUGCCUCCUUUGUCAGUGUCUCACAGACGGUCUGAUGCGGUGCAAACCACAACUGUCUGGUUGUUCUCAGCCGGACCAGGACGACCACUGCAAGCUUAUCUGUUAACAUUAACUUCAUCAACAAGAAAAGGCUGCUCACGUCCUCUGAGAUGACACUACACACGUGUAUGAAACAGUUUUGUAAUGUGAAUAUGAAUAUUUGUGUGUAAUGUCAAAAUUAAUAAAAAUGCAUAUUGAAGUGUAAAUUAAUAUUUACCAGUU